UUCCCGUGUAGUUUUGUGAAACUCCGCGUAACUGACGCGUCGAAGGCGGUGCGUUUUCCCUCCCACAGAGCGGAAAGUGUAGCAGCCGCGCUUUCUUUGUCGAUUUUAUACCGCAGACUCUUUAGAAACAUUUCUAAGAGGUUUUCCGUUUCAUAUAAUUUAUAAAGCGAAAUACGUAACCCAUAUAGGGUGAUUUAAAGUGCGAAGGAGGGCCCGUUUCCCUUCAGACUCAGACGGGCCACCAUGAAGCUAACGGACAAUGUGCUGCGGAGCUUCAGGGUAGCUAAGGUGUUUCGAGAAAACUCCGACAAAAUCAACUGCUUCGACUUCAGUUCAAACGGAGAAGCGAUCAUUUCCAGUAGCGACGACGAUUCCUUGGUUUUAUACGACUGCCAGGAUGGAAAACCUAAGAGAACUCUCUACAGUAAAAAGUAUGGAGUGGAUCUCAUCAGAUACACACAUGCUGCCAACACCGUGGUCUACAGUUCCAACAAAAUCGAUGAUACUAUUCGAUACCUUUCCCUCCAUGACAAUAAAUAUAUCCGGUACUUUCCUGGACAUAUCAAAAGAGUGACGACUCUCUCCAUGUCUCCUGUGGAUGACACCUUUAUUUCUGGCUCAUUAGAUAAAACCAUCAGGUUGUGGGAUCUGCGGUCUCCCAACUGUCAGGGUCUGAUGCACCUCCAGGGGAAACCAGUUUGUUCGUUUGACCCUGAGGGGCUUAUUUUUGCUGCUGGAAUAAACUCGGAGAUGGUCAAACUUUACGAUCUGCGCUCAUUUGACAAGGGUCCAUUUGCAACCUUCAAGCUCCAGUAUGACAGAACCUGUGAGUGGACGGGGCUCAAGUUCAGCAAUGACGGAAAACUAAUCCUCCUUUCUACCAAUGGUGGCGCUCUUCGCAUACUAGAUGCAUUCAAGGGUGCUGUGCUGCAUUCCUUUGGGGGCUACAACAACAGCAAAGGUGUAACGUUAGAAGCCUCUUUCACCCCCGAUUCACAAUUUGUAAUGAUUGGGUCAGAAGAUGGAAAGAUCCACGUGUGGAAUGCAGAGAGCGGCAUGAAGGUGGCGUUAUUAGACGGGAAACACACGGGACCCAUUACCUGUCUGCAGUUCAACCCCAAAUUCAUGACGUUUGCAAGUGCUUGUUCUAACAUGGCUUUCUGGCUGCCAACCAUAGAUGACUGAUGACAGAAAAAGAAGUCAAAAGUCAAUAUGACCAGGAGGGGGCAGUACAACCACUUCUGUGUUCACAGGACAAUGCAGCGGGGAUGGAAGAUUCAAUUGUAUUUAAGUAGUUUUCAAAGAAUCUUUUUAUUUCUAAUGUCUUUUUAUACUGUAUUUAAAAAUGACCUUUCUUUGUAAUAUUUGUCAAAUGAUUGUGUUUAAUGUUUGAGAUUAAAAAUGUAAUUUCCUAACUGUC